AUGGCCGAGGGACGAGAGCCAGGCGCGCAUGCUGCUCCCAAGCCAACCUCCGCCACUGCGCUCGUACCCGCCGCCGCUGCCUUCAGUGAUCAGUCGUCACUCUCCCUCCGCCCGCACGACCAGUCUCGGACUUCGCAGGAGCGUGCCCGACCAUCGCAGGAUGGCCUCCGCGAGCCUGGCAGCAAGGAUCGCUCCAAGUCGAACGGGCGGAGACCCAGCCAGCAGCGUGUGUGUGGCAAGUGCCAGCGUCACUUGACGGGCCAGUUUGUGAGAGCUCUGGGAGACACAUACCAUCUGGAGUGCUUCACGUGCCAUGACUGUGGGAAGAUAGUGGCCUCCAAGUUCUUCCCCGUGCCUGAUCAACCACCCAAUCAAUAUCCACUAUGCGAAACCGACUACUUCAGACGACUCGAACUGCUCUGCUUCGCUUGUGGUGGUGCGCUGCGAGGCUCAUACAUAACUGCUUUGGACCGUAAGUACCACAUUGAGCAUUUCACGUGCUCUGUCUGCCCCACGGUGUUUGGUGCCCAGGAUUCAUACUACGAGCAUGAGGGCAGUGUUUACUGCCACUAUCACUACUCCACCAAGUUUGCGCAGAAGUGUAAUGGUUGCCAAACGGCCAUCUUGAAGCAGUUUGUGGAGAUUUUCAGGAACGGAGUGAACCAGCACUGGCAUCCUGAGUGUUAUAUGAUUCACAAGUAUUGGAAUGUCAGGCUACACGCUGCGCCGCCAAAGAUAUCAGAUGCGGACGAAGAACGCCAGGCCGCAGAGCAGGGAGGUCGAGCUGUAGAUGCGAGCGAGGAGGAGAGGAAAGAAGUCAGGACCGAGGAGGAGGCCGUGGAGUUCAAGGUUCACUGGAUCUGGCACACUCUUUCCACCUUUGAAGAGCGAUCUGCCACCUGCAUAUCAGACAUGCUGCUCCAUGUCAGUAACGGCGCAUACAUGGAUGGUGUCAUGGCAGCCAAAAAGUUCAUCACUCAUGUCGACCUCCUUUUCGGCGCUGCAGAUGACCUGGACCACCGAUUGCAGGUUCGGUCAGGCAAAGGUGCAGAGAAGGGUGUUCGGACAUUUGAAACCAUUGUUCACCCAGGACUGAGUUACAGCCGAGAGGCAAAGUUGCUGUGCAAGAAGGUCGUCGCAUUUUUCCAGCUUCUCGCCGAAAACCAGGACAAUGGUGUUCGACGGCUGGGUGUGACGCAGGAGCUGCUUUCGUUGGUCACUGGAUUGGCCCAUUAUCUCAAGCUCAUGAUUCGGAUCUGUCUUUCUGGUGCGUUAAAACUGGAACGCGAAACCAGAAGCUCCGAAGGCCUCGAAAGUUUCCUCGAAGAAAUUAGUAAACUCGACGCAAGACUGGAAGUUGAGAGCAAUCGCGAUUCGAGAGGGGACGUUGACAUAUAUGUCGACCAGAGCGCCGACACAUGCGUAGUCUGCAACAAGGCUGUCGAAGACAAAUGUUUCCGGCGCGAAAACCGAGUGUUCCACUCCCCAUGUGUGAGUUGCGCAAAGUGCCUCAAGGACUUCGCAGAGGAUCCUGGCGUCGCAAGAUGGAGCGAGAAGACUCAAAGAGUGUGGUGCGAUGCGCAUGCUCCUCCAGAUGCGCGCGCAGGGGGUUUUAUGCCCGUGACCAGACUGCAGCAAUACGUGCAUCUUUUACGAGUAGCGCAUGCGAGGUUGCUUGCGACUCUGCGCACAAGUGGCGCCCUACCGCAUACCAGCGACGAUCCCAACUUAGCGGGCUACGACUCACGUGAAGGACAUGGCAAUACUCCUGAGAACGGCGGACCACAGUUGCURCGAUCGAACACACGAUCCAGGUCGUACGCCGGCAGAUCCGGAGGUGCGAGGAAUCAGGGCGAACAGAGCUAUGAAGACACCAUGGGAGACAUUAGACGCCUACGGAGCACAAGGAUGGAUAAGCACCUUUCUAAUGCAACCAAAAAAGCAAGGACGUCGAGGAUUAUCGAUGGCCCCGAAGGUAUGCGUCCCGGGUCUGCGGAUGGGGGCGAUGGCCGGAGAAGGACAGGCACCUUCCAGAUUGUCGAAGACCGAGAUGCCAAUGGAGAAUCUAUGAACCAGUUGACUUUUGGCAAGCAAGAUGCCAUGACCCUGGACGAUAUUCCGAGGAUAGUGCAAGCGCAGCAGACUCGAGAGCAGCGACCAAAUGCCACACGGUACGCGAGGUCACCCAUGAUACCGUCAGAACCUCAGCCCAAGCUUGUCAAUGGCCACACGCGAGACUUUUCUGGCGAUUUGCUUACUGAGAAACUGGAAAGUCGUCCGCCGGGCACGAAAAAGUACUUUUCAGAGCUCACAGCGCUCGAGUACUUCAUCGUCCGCCAUGUUGCGGUCCUAUCUAUGGAGCAAUUGGUGGAGGGUCACUUCAACCAGGAGGAGCUGCUUGAUCUGAUCGAAACCAAGCGGCCGACCUUCUGGAGUAAGUUUGGCAAGGCCUUCCAGGGCAAGGAGAAGAAGCAGAAAGGUCCGAAGAAUGCCAUCUUUGGCGUGCCCUUGGAACUACUCCUUGAACGCGACUACGAAGAGAGCACAGACGGUGUUGGGCCUGGUUCGCUCAAAAUCCCGUCCCUGGUUCAGGAGUGCAUCAGCGCUAUGAAGACCAUGGACAUGUCUGUCGAAGGCGUGUUUCGAAAGAAUGGCAACAUCAAACGCCUGAAUGAUGCAAAGGAAGAGAUCGACUCCAAGGGUUCCGUCGAUGUCGACCUCACGAAAGAAAAUCCGGUUCAGGUCGCCGCGCUCUUGAAGAAAUUCUUGCGUGAGCUGCCAGAUCCCCUCCUAACACACAAGCUGCAUAAAUUGUGGAUAACAUCACAGCGAAUCGACGACAGCGAACGACGGCGGCGAGUGCUCCAUCUAACAUGCUGCUUAUUACCCAAAGCGCACAGAGAUACCAUGGAGGUGCUAUUCACGUUCAUGAACUGGGUAUCCAGUUUCAGCCACGUCGACGAAGAAAGUGGAAGCAAGAUGGACACACACAACCUAGCAACGGUGAUCUGUCCGAACGUGCUGCACUCUGGCAAAGAUACCGUCCCCGUUGACGACAGCUUCUUGGCCAUUGAAGCGGUUCACAGUUUGAUAGAGUGCAACGAAAGCAUGUGCGAGGUUCCGGAAGAUCUCGCCAUGAUUUUGAACGACUCUUCCCUGUUCAGCAACAGUGCUGAUAUCACGACGAAGGAAAUCCUCAAGCGAUAUGGCGAUCGCGCAAAGGCGCCAACAGUCAAUAGCGCUCCGAACAUAGUCGCCAGCAACGGAACGACUUCGCCACAGGGCAACGCCCCAGUCGUAACGCGCGUGGACACAGACCCGCAUCAACAAAACGCAUGGCAGAACGAGUCGUCCGUGAGACACGUCGGAGGGGAUGCCAUGACACCACCCACACUACCGUAUGUUAAACCGAGCCAUCCCAAUGGAAGCACCGAGUCACACGGCAGUCCCAACAGAGGUGGUGGCGACCGAUCAAGCAUGAGAUCCGGGCCUUUUGACAAGCAGAGGUCUAUGGCACAAAUGGCUUGA